AUGCUCUCAGACAGACCUGACAAGCUGAGGACAGCGCAGAGCAGCGUUGGCAUCGGCGCUGCAGAGGCCGGAUGCGAAGCAAGUCGGCAAGGGAGGGUGACAUCUCUUGCAGGUCUAGCCGCAGCCUUGGGAGAGAUCUGUGGCACACCAUCUGUGCUUGUUCAACACGCGGCCAAGAUUAGGCGGCGCGGCGGAGAGUGGAGGGCCAUGCGUCAAAGUCGUCCGGGCGGCCCGUCGACAGGGUUUACUGAAAAGGCUGAUCUGAGACGGCCUGAGACAGCAGCCGAGCGACUGGAUUCUAGUAGAGUAGAAGUACAUGUAUUCGUCGGCAAAUGCGUGGCCGAGUCGACUGUGACAAACCAAACACCCGUCGUUGGUAUUCAACGAGGCACCACGGCAUUCGACAUCGCUAUGGCUGAGAAGCCGGGCUCGGAGAAGUUGUGGUAUGAAGGAGGCAACUGGAUGCCAAGACAGGAAGCCGAGACAACGACGCUAGAGCGGUACCCUGUCCAAAAACAGGCCUCACUCGCCGCUGUUGCCAGCCUGUUGGGCGCCGGUUCCUGCAGGCCCCAGCAGCCGCCCAUCAGCCACGGCGUCGCACCAUGCAUUCGCAACGCCUUAUCCACUGUGACGUCUGCCAAGUGCGUCCCGGGAGACCGCCAUGUCCGCCUCAAGACCAUCGCAGACCUCAAAGAGUUCCAGUCCUCGCAGCAUGUCUCGGACGUCCAAGUCCGCGGCUGGGUGCGGUCGGUGAGGAAGAGCGCCGGCGUCCGUUUCGUCGACUUGACGGAUGGCUCUUCGAUGCGUCCGAUCCAGGCUGUCGUCGACAAGUCGCUUGCACUAGAGUUUGUCUCCCUCGAACCACUUCGCCUCGGCCAUUCUGCUAACCGCCCACGCCAACACAGCAUUCGACCGGGAUCCGCAGUGCGCCUCCUCGGCACUUGGAAAGAGGGGUCGCAUGUAAAGCAUAAUCAGCCACCGGACGAGCCGCCGGGGGCCGAGCCGGGUGCCCAUGAGCUGCAAGUUCAACAGGUUGACAUCCUCGGCCCCUCCAACCCCCAGACAUAUCCCAUCCAAAAUAAGUACCAAAGCCCCGAGAGCUUGCGGACAAUCUCACACCUCCGAUCCCGCACCCCAUUGAACAGCACCCUUCUGCGCUUCCGUUCAGAUGCUACCGCCCUCCUGACGCAGUUCUUCUUUCGUGAGCAGUUUCAACAAACACACCCACCCAUCAUUACCUCUUCAGACUGCGAGGGCGCUGGUGAGGCCUUCAUGGUACAGGCUCCCGGGAAAAGCCAUUUCUUCAGAGACCCAAAGUAUCUCACAGUAUCAACGCAAUUGCAUCUUGAGUCUUUGGCCCAAGCCCUUGGUAAUGUAUGGACACUGUCUCCCACAUUCAGAGCCGAAAAGAGCGAUACAUCACGCCACCUGAGCGAAUUCCAGAUGCUCGAGGCAGAAAUGAGCUUCGUUGAUAGCAUGGAUGAUGUCAUGAACUUGGCUCAACAGAUGCUCGUGUCACUUGCGAGCGGUCUAAGGGAGCUUCGUGCAGCCGAGGAACUAAAGCAUCACAGAAGAGAUGCCAAAGAACCUGCCGAGAAGCUGGCUUUUGAAGACCUUGAGAGCGUCGAGGUUCUUGACCGUCGUUGGAACGGUAUGAUGACAGAAAAACCUUGGCCAAGGCUCACAUACACCGAUGCCAUCGAGAUGCUGCAGCCCGUAGCAGAGCAGUUCGAGCACAAGCCCAUCUGGGGCGCUGGACUUCAAUCCGAGCAUGAAAAGUUCCUCGCCGAGAAGGUCGGCUACGAUGAGGCGAACGAUGCUUACCUUCCCGUCUUUAUCACACAGUAUCCACGCGAUAUCAAAGCGUUUUACAUGCUGAAAUCGACUGACUCGCCGGCCCAGGGCCAAACUGUUGAUUGCUUUGAUCUCUUGGUACCCGGUCUCGGCGAGCUAGCGGGAGGCUCUAUGCGCGAACAUCGCUUGCCUGAGUUGGAAGAGAGCAUGAGGUUGCACGGAUUGCCCGUACCCAGCGCCCGUCAAUCCGGAAACAACAAUCUCGGCUGGUAUCUGGACCUGCGGCGAUGGGGAUGCCCACCGCACGGCGGCUUUGGACUCGGCUUUGAUCGGCUCCUGAGCUACCUCACUGGCGUAACCAACAUUCGCGACGUGUCAGACUUGCUGCUUCGGUAUGGUGGGUGUCUCGUCGCACCCGAUGACAGUUUGACAGAGCGCUCACAGGGUGCUGUGCUCGUUAGUGCUGCCGUGCUCGGGAAAUGCUUCCGUUACCCUUUCUUUCGGCUACACAAUUCGAGGCUGCUUCACAAGUGA